AUGGGAUGUUCAUUAUAAAAACAAAGAAAAAUUGAAACCAUUAGCAAAAGUUAUUCGACAACUGCAAAUGCAUGUUGUAUAUUCUUUUAUGAUUUUACAUAGUAACUCCUGAUCAAAAAUAAAGCUUAGAAGUUUAUAAUCCAACCCUUGGUAAGAUAGUCUAAGUUCCUAUUCUUGUACCUGCAUCCAAAAGCAAUAUGAUGAAAAGAAGAAGUGCAUAAGGAAUAUCAGGAAUAUGA